AUGACAAUGACACACCAACAGGAUUUGAAAGGUGUGUUCACCGCAAAGGAUUUGGAUUUUAAGCCCGCUGGCAAGAUUACUAAAAAAGAUUUGAAUACAGGUGUCACUAAGGCAGAAUAUGCUGUAAGAGGAGCUAUUCCAACCAGAGCUGACGAGCUAAAAGAGGAAUUGAAAAAAAACCCAGAAGUUUUGCCUUUCGAUGAUAUUAUCAAUGCGAACAUUGGUAAUCCGCAGCAACUGGAUCAGAAGCCUUUGACCUUUACCAGGCAAGUACUGGCCAUCCUGGAGUACCCGGAAAUUUUACGAGUAGGCCAUAAUGAACUGGCUUCUUUGAACUUGUUUUCCAGGGACGCCUUGGAAAGAGCUGAGCGCCUCUUGAAUGAUAUUGGCGGUUCUAUAGGGGCAUAUUCGCAUUCUCAAGGUGUGCCAGGAAUAAGGCAAACAGUUGCUGACUUCAUUACUAGAAGAGACGGCGGUGAGCCCGCUACACCGGAAGAUAUUUAUUUAACCACUGGCGCUUCGUCCGCGGCAACUUCUUUGUUAUCUUUAUUGUGUAAAGAUUCUCAAACAGGCCUGCUGAUUCCAAUUCCGCAGUAUCCGCUUUAUACUGCAUCCGCAUCUCUUUUCAAUGCACAAGUGCUGCCAUACUACUUAGAUGAGGAGUCAAAUUGGUCUACAAACAGCGACGAAAUUGAAAAAGUAGUGCAAGAUGCUUUGAAAAAACAGAUCAGACCAUCUGUGCUGAUAGUUAUUAAUCCAGGUAACCCAACCGGUGCAGUUCUUUCUGAAGAAACCAUUGCCAGGAUCUGUUUGAUCGCUGCGAAAUACGGCAUUACAAUCAUUUCUGAUGAGGUCUAUCAAGAAAACAUUUUCAACGAUGUUAAAUUUCAUUCGAUGAAGAAAGUCCUAAGAAAAUUGCAGCAUCUUUAUCCAGGAAAAUUCGAUAACGUUCAGCUCGCCUCUUUACACUCCAUUUCUAAAGGAUUCAUGGAUGAGUGCGGCCAAAGAGGCGGUUACAUGGAAAUUAUUGGGUUUUCUCAAGAAAUAAGAGAUGCUCUUUUCAAACUCAUGUCUAUAUCCAUAUGUUCUGUUGUCACAGGACAAGCUGUGGUUGAUUUAAUGGUCAAACCACCCCAGCCUGGAGACGAGUCCUAUGAACAAGAUCAUGACGAAAGGCUGAAAAUUUUUCAUGAAAUGCGUACGAGAGCAAACUUAUUGUACGAGACGUUUAAGGAACUAGAGGGUAUCGAAUGCCAAAAACCUCAGGGUGCAAUGUAUCUUUUCCCUAGGCUUGUUUUACCUAAGAAAGCUCUUUGUGAAAGCGAACGCCUUGGCAUCGAACCUGAUGAGUUCUAUUGCACAUCUUUGCUAGAAUCUACAGGUAUUUGUACUGUCCCAGGGUCUGGGUUCGGACAAAGACCCGGGACUUAUCAUGUGCGAACAACGUUUUUGGCUCCAGGGACUAAAUGGAUUCAAGACUGGAAAGAAUUUCAUCAAGAUUUCUUCAGCAAGUAUCGUAAUUGA